AGCAUUCACACAAAACUGCCUCACCCUCACCAACUCGCGCCAUAAUGGGUAAUACAAUCAGCACAAUUGGUAAUGGGAUGGUGCAGACAGUCAAGGAAAUCCCGGGCUACGUCAAAGAACAAUUCACGCCAGGCCCGCCAUCGCCCAACGUCGUCUUCGCUCUUGAAAACAAUUCCAAAGAGUACGACAUCCGCUUCGCCAACGUGAAGCUCCCCAGUGGCUACUUCCACGACCCGCCGCACAACAACUUCGAUUCUGUGGUCUCGGUGGACCACAUACAAGACUUUGCAAACCGGACCAGGGCGUUCAGCACGACGGCGUAUUGGGUGGCUGCGAGUUACUGGACCCUCCAUGGCGGACUACUCACGGGGAUUGAGGGAAGCAUGGAUUUAAUGGCUUGCAGAGACGGCACGGAGAAGAAGAUCGGGGAGAUGUCGUGGAACUGGAAUAACAUACGGAAGAUCACGACGGCCAAGAGCACCGACGAUGGCUGGGAGGUCAAGGAGAUGCAACCGCUCAUCAAUCAGGAUUGGCGUGUGAUUGUUCGCCAGAAGUGAACUGUGGCUGGUCGCGAGGCUCUCGGCCCAGCGGCGUCACCAUGAGUGAUCAGCUCGAAGAAGUCUGAGUCCGGCCUCUUCGACGAUCCGGCACUCGCCUUGAUAUACUAGGCUCGCUCUUCAAGACAGUCCAACGUUGGCUCGCUGGUGAAGAUGGGUGACUACUACUUCUACGGCAUCGGCACGGAGCCUGGUUUUGGGAAGGCGGUACAAUGGUACAAUGCUUCCACCUUCUUCGUAAUAUCGAGGGCUCACUACUGUUCAAUAGAGGGUCCAAAGCGCUCAAGGGUGACGUCGGCAAUCUGCGCGAGACAGAGGUUGGCAAUGCAAUGUACAACGGCGAUGUCUAGCAUCCCAGAAAUG